AUGUCACUGAAGCAGAUGGAUGACCCAGACUGGAGGAUCCUUGCCGAGAAUGCGGGGGACAACUACGUCACCGGCAGAAAGGUGGGUGUGGGCGAGAGGUUCCCACGAGCCAGGGAGGUUUUCAGGCCAAAGAAACGCCACAAGGUUUACGCAGACAGUGAGUUUGCGCCGGAAGCGGUGAACUACAAAAGUGCUCAAGAGACAGCAGGCCAGAUCGAAGAGCAGCUCAGAGCCGAGGAGGAGGAGGGUUUCGUCUUCCCGUUGACACUAGCUGAGGCACGCAGGAGGUACGGGGACAAGCUAAGGAUCGCGGCUCUGGGGGCUAUUGUCAAGGAUUCGGGGGAGGUCAGAGUGUUGUUUGAUGCUACACAUUCUGUACAAAUCAAUAACUCGAUACGGAUCGCAGACCGCCUUGAAUUUCCUUCCGCUGCCAGUUUGGCAAUGGUGCAAGAAGCCUCGCGUGAGGAUGAUGAGCGGGUGCUGGUGACAGUUGCUGCUGAUGUGGCUAAAGCACAUCGUAGAUGCUUGUGCAGAGAAACGGACUUUGGAUAUUUGGGCUGCCGCGCUAAGCCUACUCCUGGAGAUGACCCCAACAAGGACACUGUCUGGCUCAACAGAGUAGGGACGUUUGCGCCGCUUUGCACUUUGGCAGGCUGGCUGGGGCCAUCGGCAGAUUUGCAGGCCGGGCGAUGUUGCAGGAACAUGCUUACCAGCUUCUGUUUGCAGAUGACCUCAAGUGGACUGCUGGGGGUUCAUGCAGGUAUUUGGUGCUUCAUAUUCCUGUGGCUGGCUGUGGGCACGCCGUUUUCUUGGCACAAGUUCAGGGGCGGCAUUUCAUUGGACUAUGUGGGGUUCUACUGCGACUACGCUCGGUUUGCAGUGGGGAUCUCUGAGCGGCGGUCAGCGUGGUUUGUGGAAUGGGUUGAUGCUGCAAGGAGAGAUCAAUGGAUAGUCGCCCAGAGGGGGUUUGUGGAAUUUCUUGGGCGGCUGUCGUUUGCCGCGCAGGCGUUGGGCUGGCUUCGACCUUUCUUGGCGCCGCUCUUUGCCUGGUCUGCUGUGCUGUCAGUAGGGAUGACAGCUGCUCUGCCUACACAGGUGAGGCUCACCCUGGUGUUUAUUCAGAGGAUGCUGGUGAGGGGGAACUAUACUGUGUCGUGCUCCUCUCCUGCACAACCUACCGCUCAGGCGUUCAGGACGGAUGCCAAAUGUGCAACAGGCUCUGUUGUGCUGGGAGGCUGGUCAUUGGGCGAUGGGGCAGAUCCUGGCGCUGCCAAAUGGUUCAGUUUGGAACUAUCUCCCACCAUGGCGCCUUGGCUUUUCGGGAAGGACAACGAGUCGAAGAUGAACUCUACGGUGGCUGAGCUUCUGGCAGUCUAUGUGGCUUUGCACUGCUUUGGGUUUUUGGAGUCUGAAGGAUCGGCGCCACGGGUUUUGUCGGUGUGCGGGGGCACUGACAACUUGGCCAUCGACUACCUCAGUCGCAGCCGAUCAACGACACGUUUUCCUUUGGCACUGGUGAACAUGCAGCUGUGGUACAGGCUCUUUUCUGCAAAGGUGUGGUUACAGUGGCGCCCUAGAGGCGAAAAUCAGUUGGCGGACGACCUCACCAACGGGGACUUUGGCUCCUUCUCCAUCGAACGUCGAGUUCCAGUGACUUGGCAAGACAUUGAUGUGGGACUGCUGGAAGAGAUGCUUGAAGCUCAAAGGGAGCUGGAAGAAGCGCUGGUAGAGGCGAGACAAGCUGGCGCUGGACCGAAACAAAAGAUGUCAAAAAGGGCGAAGCUGGAGUCAAAGACCAAAUGGGAAGGAGGCUCUGCUGCUCGUCCCUGA